CAAGCGGCAAACUUUUAGUCUUUUAGAGAUAUAUCAAACCUAAACUCGCAUACCUCGAGGUGAACGAAUCGAAAGCUGGACUCCAUCGCGUUCUUCCCUCGGCAACGACUCCGACUCCGACUCUGACUCCGUCAGAUUGAAUCUUCGCAAGGAAGCUUAGUGUACGAAUCUGAGGACAAUUCGAGAACCGGAGAAUCACAAUCAGCGGUUGCAGAUUUUGAUAAUCUGAGAGCUUUGGUCACUAGCAAUGGAUUCGAAGCUUUGGCACCGAAGUUUGAUUGCGAUUCAGUGAACUUCGUUGGUCAUCGUGUUCUUCCCCCAACUCUGACUCUGUCGAUCUUCUCCUCCAACGAAUUACUUGAUUAAAAUACAACCUUCCCCUCAGAAAAUACAUUAGCACAGCUUCACUAUGAGUCAAAGUUGUACAUGCUUCUUCAAGGAGGAACGGGUGUACCCCAUCUUAAAUGGUUCGGAGUUGAGGGUGAAUAUAAUGUCAUGGUUAUCGACCUUCUUGGCCCAAGCCUAGAAGACUUGUUCAACUAUUGCAAUCGGAAGUUCACUUUGAAGACAGUUUUAAUGCUUGCAGAUCAAUUAAUUAACCGAGUGGAGUACAUGCACUCACGGGGAUUUCUUCACCGUGACAUAAAGCCUGACAACUUAUUAAUGGGUCUGGGGCGUAAAGCUAAUCAGGUGUAUAUCAUUGAUUAUGGCCUUGCAAAAAAGUAUAGAGAUCUUCAAACGCAUAAGCACAUACCAUAUAGAGCAAAGCAGGAGAGAUGAUCUGGAAUCUCUUGGUUAUGUGCUAAUGAAUUGAUGGCUGUAAAGUCUACUGCAGCUCAGCAAAAUGAGGAGGUAGAGACGGUCAAAGCUAGUGCAGCUCAACAAAAUGAAGAGUUAGAGGCAGUGAAGGUUAGAGCCGCUCAAGAUGGAGGUUGAUGUUUAUUAUUGGAUUGAUAUAAUCAACCCUUGUUAACCAGCAGGUUUACAGUACAUUUUCAUAUGGUGGUUAACAUAUUAUUGCAUAAAGAAUUGACCAUUGUUCACAUAUUUGAUUUGUAGUGACAUUGAAUGACCAGAUUUGUAGUGACAUUGAAUGACUAGAUUUGUUAUA